AUGGAAACUCUGAGUCCUUGGAAUUCCGAGUGCAGGCGACGGCAGCCUUCAUCAAUGAAGGAAGAACUUAUAUUUGCAAGUUACACUAUUGGAUAUUUUCAUACAGUUUCAAGCAUAUGGUGCCUUCUGCAAGCUAAUGAAGGAGGUCUUUCUCCGGGGUUCCACACAGAAAAGUACUCUAAGAAGUGUAUGAAUGAACGCAAGCGCCGAAUGGAACGCUCCAGUCUUCCUUCGUCCAAGCGUCGCAGACUCACAUUGAAACAAGAGAGGUGUAUAUGUAAAGGAGCAACCGAAGUGCUAGAAGGUGCCACAUAUCAGUCAGAAAUUGGUCUUCAGAAUGAUGUUGAUGUGGAAACGAUACCGGACGCUGUACCACGUGGUGAUUUUAAGCCCCUGAAAACUUCAAAACUCGAUGCCAACAUUUGUUGUAUUAGACUUGGAGACUACAGAUCUUAG